AUGAGGUCGUUGUGGCUGUGCUGGGCGCUAUGGGCCCUGCCCCUGCCGGGCCCCGGGGCCGCCCUGAGCGGGGAGCACAUCCUCAGCACCCUGCUGCGGCAGCUGCAGCUCCGAGAGGCGCCCGUCCUGGACGCAGGCGACGUGGAGGAGCUGGUCACCCCCGCGCACGUGAUGGCCCAGUACGUGGCCCUAUUGCAGCGCAGCCACGGGGUCCGCUCUCGAGGGAAGAGGUUCAGCCAGAGGUUCCGAGAGGUGGCGGGCAGGUGGUUGGCUUCGGAGGCCUCCACGCACCUGCUGGUGUUCAGCAUGGAGCGGCGGCUGCCCCCCAACAGCGAGCUGGUGCGGGCGGUGCUGCGCCUUUUCCAGGAGCCGGUGCCCAGGGCCGCGCUGCGCAGGCACGAGCGACUGUCCCCGCACAGCGCCCGCGCCCGCGUCACCGUCGAGUGGCUGCAGGUCCGCGAAGACAGCUCCAACCGCACCUCGCUGGUGGACUCCAGGCUGGUGUCCCUCCACGAGAGCGGCUGGAAGGCCUUCGACGUGACAGAGGCGGUGACCUUCUGGCAGCAGCUGAGCCGGCCUCGCCAGCCUCUGCUCCUGCAGGUGACGGUGCACAGGGAGCACCUGGAGCCUCCGGGCUUCCUGGCCUACGAGUGCGUGGGCGCCUGCCAGCAGCCCCCGGGGCCCCUGCCCUUGGAGUGGCCAUUUCUGGGCCCGCGGCAGUGCAUCGCCUCUGAAACGACCUCGCUGCCCAUGAUCGUGAGCGUCAAGGAAGGAGGCAGGACCAGGCUACAGGUGGUCAGCCUGCCCAACAUGAGGGUGCAGAGGUGCAGCUGCUCCUGGGACGGGGCACCCGUGCCCCGCAAGCUGGAGCCUUAGGUGGGGGCAUAGCCACCCAGGUGUCGGGCUGGACAGGUGCACAGAAACAGGUCUUGACAUAGGUGUUAAUUUCCUCCUUAGCAGGUGACCCCUGGGCCCACUCAGCACCCUGUUUUACCUUUCCUGCGCGUUCUUCCAUUUCUUGUCCUCUUCUGCACCAUCACCCACCCUAAGCACUUACAUGAGUCACUAAGGCAGCUCUGACUGCUGAGUUCUAGAAGGAAAUCCCAGCCUCCUUGUUAUAGGAUGCAGCCGGCUCAGACAGACUGCUUGCUGGGAGUUUCUGUUCUCUGGCAAAUUCUCAGCUGACUAUGGUACAAUGUGCCCUAUGAUGUGAGCUGGGGAAACAAAUGGAUUUACUCUACUACAUGAUGGGAAUUACAACAAAACUUUAAAAAAUCCCCCAGUUUCCCUAGGUAGGGAGGAGGUCUAAAAAGGAACACCCUUUCCCCCAAAACGCCGACUCAUUCAGGAUUCUUGUGAACAAACUCCCCUGAGAGAUUGCUAGGAGGGAGGACCAAGGGCUUCCACCUGGGGCAGUGGGCAGGGAGUCAGGACACCUGGUUUCUGGAUGGAACAGGGUCACAAUUGUGACCUUAAGCCAAUGGGGUAACCCUUUCCUCUUAAAAGGGAGAAGGUGGGAAUCAGCUCUGAGUCAUUGCUCUGGGGGUCAGAGAGCCCUAACCUCUCCCCCUGCCCCCAUUCCCCAGCAUUUCCUGUGCAUAGUUGCAUUAUUUCCCCCAUGGUUUUAGAAUUUUCCCCACCAGAACCCAUGUGUCUUUACUUUUUAAAAAUGUAGCCAAAAGAGUUGA